AUGACCUUACACCAAAGGCGAUCUGAUGUUUGGCAGCGGAUUAUCCCUGAAUUAGCAAGUGAAAAUCGAUAUCUGAUGCAUCUCCUGCUAGCAUUGGGGGGUAUCCACAUGGUCAAACAAAAGGCCGAUGCCAGUCGACCUGUGGAAGGUUCAGAUACGGUGGACUUGGCCAUCAUCAUGGAACAUCAUCAAAGAGGGUUAGAAGGGUUCAGAGAAGACGUGUCCCGCAUCUCUUCUUUCAACGCAGAAGCUAUUUUCACAGGCUCAAUCCUUGUUGUUGCCUUCGCAUUUGCCUAUCUCAAGAUUCAGGACCUCGACCCACUUACUGAGCCUAUCGAAGAGAUGAAUAGCUCAAUGGCAAAUCUGCAUUCCACAAAUAAAAUACCGCGCCUCAACUGGCUGUACCUCAACCGAGGUGUGACUUCUGUGAUAGGUGAUCAAUGGCAAACCUUGAAAUCUAGCCGGCUCCGACAGAUACUGUCACUACAACACACCGAUGAGACUUGGUUGGACUCAUCAUUGCAUGCCCCGUCUCGGCUUUCUCGUUGUCCACCCCGUCUGUUGAAGUUUGCAGAAGGCGCUCGUCAAGCCGUCGCGUCUAUCAAGACUUUGUUGAACAUGGUUGAACCCACCCGGGAUGAUUUAUCCAGCUGCUCGGGAACACCGACAUCCCAACCUUCACCGUCCACGACUUUAGAUUGGGCCAUGGAUGCACACUUUGAGACCAUACGUAUCCUGGAAUCACUUUACUUGCGCAUUUUAUCUGUAUUGCACUGCACGGCGACCGAGUUUCCCUCUGACAAGGAGAUACAGAUAGAAUUCGAAGAGGCAGCGAUUUUGUCCUGGCCGUGUUUGCUCCCCAGUGCUUUCUUGACAUCGCUUGAGCGAAGCGACCAUAACAGUCUUCACGGACACUCGCUCGUCAUCCUUGCUCAUUUUUACCUAGUGAAUACCCUGGUUGAUACCUGGUAUAUGAGGGGGUCCUUUGAACUGGAGCUACUCAGAGUCAACACGCUGGUCGGAUCCUUGAAUGAGAGUCAACUGUCAACAUUCAUGCUUUGGCCUAACGAAGUCGUGGCAUUGCCACUGAGCUGUAUAUCUUAA